AUGUCGUCGGAGAAGUUCGAAUCUUUCGAAGACGAUUUAAAUUCUGUUUUGGACUCUUUAAAAGAGGCUAUUGAUGACCGAAUAUUGAAAUGUUCUGGAGAGGAAAAGAAAAAUGCUGUUCGAUCAGCUGAGAAUAAAUUGGAAGAAGCAGCUCUCUUGGUACAAGAAAUGGAACAAGAGAGCAAAGCUGCACCUCCGACCUAUCGAAUGCAGAUGAUGAAUCGAUUGAGGAACUAUCGAAAAGAAAUUGAAGGCCUUACUAGAAACUUGAAAAGAAAUGCUUCUGAAACUGAAUUUAAUGCUCAGGUCCAUGAUAAAGAAUUUAGAAUUGAAGCCUCAAACCGACAUAAAUUGAUGUCAGGAAUACAAUCUUUGACUCGGACAUCUGAAAGUAUUGCCAGAUCACAACAGAUUGCUUCUGAAACAGAUGCAAUUGGUACAGACAUCAUUGAAGACCUCAGUCGACAGAGAGAUGUUCUUGACAGAACCAAAGGAAGACUGAUAGAUACAGAUUCAAACCUCAGCAAAAGUCGAAGGAUAAUGCGAACAAUGGCUAGACGGGUAAUGACAGACAAGAUGAUUUUAAUUGCCAUUAUUCUGGUGGAGCUUGGCACUUUGGCUGGACUUGUCUACUGGAAAUUCUUCAGAUUUUUUUUUCAUUAUUCUCUUCUUUCUCUGCCUUAUUUUUCUGCCUUUCCUUUUCAUUCUUUCUCUUCUCACUCAUACUUCUUCUUAAUUCCCUCUCUUAACUUUAUUCUUUCUGUUCUUUCCCUUUGA